AAAGAGAGCUCCAUCCGCCUUCCAGGAACCAGCUAUGAACUUUCUCUCCACAAGCGCCUUCAGCGCGGUUGCCUUCUCACUGGGGCUGCUCCUGGUGACGGCUACUGCGUUCCCCACGUCUGGACCCCUGGAAAAUUUGGAAGAAGAUGCCACCUCCCCAAAGCCAUUAUCACUCAGUACUCCAGAACAAACCGAAGGACUCAUCAAUCACAUCAUCAUGGAAAUCGAUGACCUGAAUGGGAAGAUGUGCAAUAAGGGUAUCAAGUGUGAAGAUGACAGCCAUGUCCUGGAAGAUAGCAAACUUCCCCUGCCCAGGCUGAAAGAUGACGAUGGAUGCUUUGAAACUGGAUUCAACAGGGACGAGUGCCUGACAAGAAUCACCUAUGGUCUUAUGAGCUAUGAGAAAUACCUGGCAUAUAUCGAGGGCAAGUUUGAGGGCGAUAUGAAUGAAGCCAUAGCUUUGGAUCUGGGCACAAAACACCUGAUUGAUGUCCUGAAGGAGAAAUUGACAAAUCCAACUGUCGAAGUCACCCCUGACCCGACCACAGAUGCCGAUCUGGUAGGGCAGCUGGACUCCCAGGAGGACUGGCAGCAGUACACAGCCAUUCACUUUAUCCUGGUCAAUCUGAAGGCGUAUCUGCAGAACACCUUCAGGGCCCUGCGCCAUAUGGGCAUCUAAGAUUGCUGUUGUUCUCGGGUAUUCCUUCCCCUGGGUCUCAAUCAGUCCACUGUGCACAUAACUUAUGCUGUUCUCUGCGAAGAACUAAAGGCAUAAGUGUUAGGACACUAUUUUAAUUACUGUUAAUUUAUUGAUAAUUUAAAUAUGUGAAGUCAAGUUAAUUUAUAUGAGUGAUAUUUAUAUUUUAUGAAGUGCCACUUGAGAUACUUUAUGUAUUAGUUUUGAGAUAAUAUAAUGUGGCUAUGUAGUUUGAAUAUCUUGUGUUUCAGAACCAGAUCAUUUCUUGGAA